CGACAUUCUCAUCAAAUUUCAGUUCUCGUAUUCCAAAUGGUGUUGCUGUCUAGAAUGUAUGCUUCGCCACAUCGCGUGGUGACUACUUGAGUUCCCAAGGGGAGAGGAGCGGUAGACGGAUCACACAAAUCACCGCAUCAUGAUUGGACAUCAGACUUACUUGGACAUUGUUGACGCGCCCGCUCCCAUCGUCCACCUUUUUUCACCAAUCAUGCAUCGCUAGUUGCUCAACUCAACCCCCCAAUCACCCUGUCCAUCUCUCUAUAACCCCUCAUCCUUCGUGACAAUUCGAUGCUUCAGCAAUGGUUGCAUUCCUGGCCCAGUUGCAGCUGCUUCUGUUGAACACCGGUUGCCGAGAUCCGACCGUGGAGGCUCGUGCGCACGACAUUUCCGUCAUAUCCACGCGCGUCCGACGCCAGCGGACGGUCCGCGGCGUGACUCCCGCCCAGUCUAUAUAACUACCCCGGAGCCCCCACCACGUUGCCCCACAGCAGCUCGACCGUGAAAGGCCUUGCAAGAUAGGGACUGUGGUGCGGAUAUACUUAGGCGUAUUCACAUAAGACCGCACUUGAUCUUGACCACACCUUGACCCCUCCUCCUUCCGCACAUCCAUCUCUGCUCCGCCUCAUCAAACCAAUGUCGACCGAUCCAGUGCCGCAGAAAGUAUACGACGUCGUCAUCGUGGGCGGCGGGCCCGCGGGCCUCAUGGCGUCACUGUGUCUCACCACAUACGGCUUCAACAUCCUGCACAUCGACGAACGGCCGCAUCCGACGGAGGCAGGACGCGCUGACGGCAUCCAGCCCCGGACCAUCGAGGUCCUGCGCAACAUCGGCUCGCUCGCGCGCUCGCCCCCGCCCGGCGGGCCGCUCCCGGGUCACUCGGGGCUCACGGCGGGCGGCGGGCUCGCGAAGAAGAUGAUCAGCCAGGGCGUGCGCGUGUACGAGGUGGCGUUCUGGGACCCGACUCCGACGGCGCCGCUCGCACGCACCUCCCGCGCGCCGUCGUGCCCCGACAUUGUCGACGUCGUGGAUAACUACACGCUGCUGCUGCACCAGGGCCUCAUCGAGCGCGCGUUUCUCGAUGAGAUCGAGGCGCGCAGGGGCGCGCUGCCUGCUGACGCGAAGACACCGGCCCCGGCAGACGGGUUGUUCCGGCCGUAUAUCAUACAAAACACACGUUGCGAUGCGUCGCUGGGCUCGCACCCCGUCGAGUCCGUGAUCCAGCACGUCGACACUAAGGCGACGUAUACGGUGCGCUCGCGUUACCUGAUGGGCUGCGAUGGCGCGAAGAGCAUCGUGCGGCGGUGCAUUGCGGGUGGAGCGGUUGGGGACGGAGAGUGGCAGGGGAAGAUCACGAUGCAGGGCGAGGGGACAGAUAUCAUCUGGGGCGUCAUGGACGCUCGGGUGAAGACGGAUUUCCCGGACCUCCAAUACAAAUGUCUCACCCACUCACGAUCGGAGGGCAGCAUCAUGGUCAUCCCGCGUGAAUCUGGGCUGGUCCGGUUCUAUGUGCAGCUCCAGACGACUGAGCCUGAUGGAACGGUGCAUUCGAUUGCUCGCGAUCAAGGCACUCAGGAUAUAUGCAUCGCUCGGGCCAAAAAGAUCUUUGAGCCGUUCAAGCUCGAAUUCGGUUACGUCGACUGGUUCUCCGUGUACCAGAUUGGACAGCGGAUCGCUUCGUCUUAUACACUAGACCACAGGAUCUUCCUCGGUGGCGACGCCACACACACGCACUCCCCGAAAGCUGGACAAGGAAUGAACAUUAGCAUGCUGGAUAUGUACUCCCUUGCUUGGAAACUCAAUCUAGUCAUGAAAGGUGUCGGCCGCCCGGAGAUUCUGCUUCCAUCAUAUGAACAUGAGCGACGAGGCAUAGCGCAGGAACUCCUGAAAUUCGACGGUGCGUACUCGCGGUUGUUCUCGGGCCGCGCGCCAGAUGCCAGCCAGUUGUCGGGUGGAGUCGACGCGGAGAAGUUUAUCGAGAUGUUCAAGCAGAACGCGUUCUUCACAUCGGGCUGCGGCGCGAUCUACGGCGCGAACGCGCUGAACGCGCUUCCGGAUGCGGAGCUGGUCGUCCGCAGCAGAUACGGGCGCGCCUUCAAUCCCGCGGGUGUCAAGAUCGUCGCUGGGCAGAGGCUGACGCCGGGCCGCGUGACACGGGUUGUCGACGGGAACCAGGUGCGACUGCAGCAGGAGGUGAAGAUGAACGGCGCCUUCCGGAUCCACGUCUUCGCAGGCGACCUGAAACACACGCUGCCGUCGCUGAACGCGUUUGCGUCCUUCGUCAACUCGCCAGAAUCGUUCUUCAACCGGCACCGGGCUGCCCGCGCGUUGGUGUCGUCGAUCGUCGACAGCCCCGCCGACGUGCAGGGCGCCAGCGCGGCCCACGUGUACAACCCGUUCUUCACAUUCCUGACGGUCGUGGGGACGCACUGGUACGAGUGGGAGGCGGCGGAUCUGCCGGACCCGCUGCGGCUCUACCGCUCGCAGCUGUAUGGUGAUGCGCUGUUUGACCGGCGGGUGCCUGAGGCGGGGACCAAUGCGCCGCUGCAUUUCAAGCUCGGGGUGUCGCUCGAGCGGGGUGCGGUCGUCGUGGUGCGGCCGGAUGGAUACGUCGGUGCGGUCGUGGAGUUGAGUAAGGACGGGGGAUUGGCUUUGAAUGACUACUUUGCGGGGUUCUUGGGCACGUCCGAUGAUCUGCAGGCGAAGUUAUGAUGUAUCGACUCGUGAUUGUAUGCUAUUUAUGCGGAUUAACCUAUGAAACAGCAGCCUAGAAAUGCUGUGCAGUACUGGAAUGAAUGUGGUCACGCUUAGUCGGACUUUCUGUGACCUAUCACCUCUGGCCGUGACCUAUCACCUGGCCAUAUGCAAUGAGAGAGUUAGCGUUUGUUGCAUUACAACUAUGUAUGUAGUUCAAACCAGAGAUCGUCCCUCUGACGAAGCUUGAUCAUUCGAUUGGCGCCCCAGCACUGAUGGACGAGACGAAUAGAACAGGACUCGCCAGAGUGAGUCCUGGCCUGGACCAUUACAUUGGAGCAACGUUCUACAAGUAUGGGAGCAGAAGAGGAAUACAUUGGGGUAGUGAGAUGGACUACGCUACGAGGCAGCGCAGGGGGAACGCACAGGUGUUCCGACGCAAAAAAAGUGCUUCACGUCUACGGGCCGCCGCGCCUGCUCUUAGCACGCUCCAGCCCGAGGUACACAGACGGAGCAGAGGCAAGAUCUACCGGGGCCGCCGCAAAGGGGCUGGAGCACGGACCCAGAUCCGGGUCCGUCGGGCUCAGGCGCCGCGCAUUCGUGCGCAUAAGAGGCGGUGGCGGCGGCGGGGAGUCCGGCCGCGAGGGCCCGGGCCCGUCCGUCUCAUCGACGGGGACGGGCUCCCAGACAAUCUCGGGGGUGCCAGGGCGGGGGUAGAAGAUCACGGGGCGAUGGCCGGAGGGAUUACCCAGGGCGGCCCGCGGGCGGGUCAGGCUGGGUAGCGGCGCCUCGGGGAUCGCGAAGGUGAAGUUGUUGGGGGGCCUGUGGGCGUCGCCUCCGCCUCCGCCGUCGCUCCCGGCGUUCUUGCGCUGCGUCCCAUCGUCGGGUUCUGCCGUCUCCUCAUCUGACAUGACGAUCAGUCCCUCGAGAGGAAUGCGCCCGGCCCGGCUCGUGUGGUUUUCGUCGAAGCGGGGCGCGUACCGCGACGCCUCGCUGCGCAGCGAGUCGAAUCCGUCGACGGCUUCGGACUUGAUGAACCGAGUGCGUUUGGACUGCCUGGCAUCGUCGUCAUCGUCACGCUCGGCGGUCCUGCGCAUCGCGGACUUGAGCGCAGACGCCUUGCGCUUGCGCCCCGUGCCCGGCUCGGGGAUCAUGAAGGACGCCCCGAAGCCCAGCGGAGAAGCAGAGCGCGAGCGCAACUCCGUGGCUGCGUCGUCGAGGAGGAAGGGCUGCGGCGCUAUCGGAGCUGUGAGAAACAAUGGGAUUCGGAACGCCAGGAUGCGCGCGCACCUCGCGCCUGGCCCUCCGCUGGGCGUUCAGCAGCGUCCGUGCGCACUACACUCGUCUUGACGAAGAUCUUGAGUUUGUCAGAGAAAUUCUCUGGCUGGAUGAUGAAAUAAAGGUAUAACUCGAUCCGCUGUCGGUCGACUUCGUCCCCGAUGGUGAUGUAGGCCGUGCCCUCGAGUUUGGUUCUGAGGGACACCACGACGCCCUGUACGUCGAUGAGACAGUCGCGCUGGAACAGCUCGUCCGAGUACGAGAACUCCUGAGCAGGGAGUGUCGUAAAAGACAUUGCCGGUCGCGGUAGCUGAGGCUGGUGUCGUUGGGCUAGGAUGGAAAUCUGAAUCUGAAUGCUAGGGCCAGAGCGCGGAAGGCAAGUUUGG